UUGAAAAACUCGCCUCGCAGUUUUCUGUAGUCGCCGCGAUUGGCGCUCUAUCCUGAUCGCUGCUUCCAGGCAAGAUGUCGUCGGCAAUGCGAGGAUGGUGGGAGACGCUGGUCAUCGUCGCGUCGGCCGAGUUAACCAGCAAGCUGUGCUGCCAUUGACUAUGAGUGGCCACGGUAUUGCACAAGAUUGGCGAAGUCAAGCGUCGCCAACAUGGAACAAAGGUCAGGCCUUCAAUCCAGUAAAGGCUGUCAAGGUCUGCCUUAACUGAACCUGAUCAAGGUGGUAUGGCGGGGCUGAGGGAAGGCUCGGCCAUGCAUCCUUUUUGGGCGGGCGGGCUGUCUACCCCUCCAUCCGGACACAAACGCACCUCUGCCCGAGGCACCGGCGAUCCGGCCCUUCUUUAACAUGGGGGAAAGAGCUGACGAGAAGAUCCGAGUAUCACAUCGCUCCUGGAAUGGUAGCAACUGACGCCGAAAAAACAACAUCGGGCAGAUUGACGUCGCUGGUCUCCAUACUUCGGCUCUAUUAACUUGGACAUCUCCGAGUCACUGCCUAGUUCGCUUCCCAAGCACUUGGAGCGAGUCUUCCAGGCCGGUUCUCGGCCUACUUGGCCGGCGACGUCAUGCCUUUUGACGGCGCGUCUCCUGACAGCGGAGGCAUCCGCGAGUCUGUCGAAUGGAAUUUGAUCUCUCAACUGCGAGAGUGCAGUCAGUCAGUCAUUCGGCAGCCGCUCCAGGGGCGCCAUCGCUCCGUCGCCAGGAGCACUCGGGUCCAUAAGCUAUGGACUGCUUUGAGGGAGCUCCACAUCCACAUCCGCACCACCUUUACGACCCUACAGCUUGAGCUACUGCUCCAGUCCGACUUUGAUGAGGAGGCCGAUUGGGGCAGCGACUCGGAGUCGGACGGAGAUGACCUGUCGUCCGAGGCAAGCGCAGCCUCCUUCCACACGGCUUGGGAUAGCCAGAAAAGAAAAUACGGCAGCGGCUAUCCCGACGAGUGCUUCGCCCAGCUCAAACUCCUCUGCUCCCUUCUCGAGGCGAGGGUCAAUCCAGUUCUCGUUCCCCUGGCAAGCCCAGCAGCGGGCCUUCAACCCUUUACAUAUCCCAAACUUGCGCAUCUGGUCGAAUACUUAAAGUCCUCAGCGGCCGCUCCUCAUUCACGAGAUGAUGACAUAGGAUUUAUUCCCCUGCCAGGACCAGGCACUGCACGCUUUCUCUUCAAUGUGUUGACAUCGGAUCGAGUCGAGACAUCAGAGGCAUUCGUCUCCAUCUGCGAAUCGUCGUCCUCCCGCUGGCGACCCCCGAAGGAGAUCCGGAAGCGGAUGGAGAUCGAUGUAGAGUACCUGAACGAGCAGAUCCUCAACUUCAUCAUUUUCGUCAGCACCCUCAAGGUUUCUCCGGGGCUAUUGGAGACCCUAGCCUCGCGGCCGAUUGCGCCAGCCUCGGCGUCCACCGUGGAUUCGUUUCCAGAGUCAAGUCACACGCCUGCUCCUAUAACUGCCAACUCGUCAGCCACCUCUUUUGCCGCCCUCCAGAGUUUUCGACAGCAAAUAGCCGCAGCGGUCCGAGCCAUAUCGCCACACUUUCUAUUUUGCGAGGGAGAGAAGAAGCGAGGGAAGCACAGAUUCCUCCUCCAGCUGCCCAGCUGGGAGGAUGUAUCGGGUCGCCGCCACAUAACGACGGACGCUGCACCAGCGGUCCAGUUCUUCUUUACCGGGUGUAGCCACGAUGGCUGGCAAUAUGCCAACAUACGCAUGCUCCAAUCGGACAACCCUGCUCCCCAGUGCAGACCUUGCAAGCCAAAGCUUUGCAAAGCCCUCAUUAGUGCGUACGAGGAUGACAGGGACCUCGAAGUCUACGUCUCCGGAACCCAGGAGCGAGCUGAUGGUCGUACUGAGAUGCCGCCGAUACACAUCCCUCUGGUGCCCGGCGAAGGUCAAAGAUACGGCAGGAGCGCCCCCGGGAACGAUCUCUCGGCGUUGAUCGAGUGCAAGUACUUCGCAAAGGAGCUUUCUAUGGAUCUGAUGGACCGCGCAGGCUACGGAGCUACCGUUUUUACUGUCGAGCAGCGGCGGGCGCUGGCCGUCAAGCUCGUGCUAGGAUUAAUGUUGUCCAUGAACUCCGACCAUGCCGUCAACACUUGGGAGCCGAAAAGAAUACGGUUUCUGGAGCCCUUGGAUGCAGAGUGCACCCCCUUCAUCGCUAUGGACAGUGACGAACCAAACGCUGCCGAACGCCACUGGGACUACGUUUCGCUUGCCGAUCUAGAUGCUGUCGUCGAUUCAGGAACCGAGGACGACGAUGCUGGUGACCCGAAGCCCCUACCUCCCUUCACCAUGCUAGCCAAGUCACUGCUACAUAUUGCCGGACAGGAGAUGGGAAGCUUUCGAAUCCUUCGCACCAAAUCUGGUGGGGACUUCCAUGAAAGUCGGAGGCGACUCCGGCGGACGCUGACAGAAUAUACGAAGCGGGUCACUUGUGGCAGGGAGGUCGACCUCGAAGCUCUCCCUUUCCUAUACGCGGCCCAAAACUGCCUCAAAUUUCACACGCUUUACACCGCCCAAAGCAUACUGGCGCAUGGCAGACCACGAAUGGAGAUCGCUUGGCAGCUCGUAUUCGACGAAAUCCUCGCCAAGAUUGAUAGCAGUUUGCGCCAGAGGAGCUGUGAUGCUCAGACCGUAACGGUCCAACCUGCCUACCAACCUAAUGUGGCCAGUCGAAGCCCAAUGCGCGAGUUUACCUUCUCUACUACCUUGCAUAAACACUGCAAUCCCAGCUCCCCGCCACGCAAUGCGUCGGCCCUUCCCGAAGUCGCAUUAUUUGAUGGGUUAGAUGUCACCAACCCAAGAGAAGCCGGCAACGCCGAUGUCUUCCUCAAAAAUCUCGAGGUCUUCCAUGCAUCCUACUCGCGCUUCGUUGAGCCCCAUAAUGUCUCGAACUCUACUAGGGAAGAACACCCUCGACGAGUUCGAAUAGCCGUUCUCGACACGGGCGUCGACUUCCGCCACCCUGGAAUCAUGGCCGCGAAGGUCGACGGCCGCAUCCGGGAGGAAUGGUGUCACAGCUGGGUGGGGGACAUGGCCGACGAGGACGACGAGAUGCACGGCUCUAACUGCGCCGACCUCCUCCACCAAGCGGCGCCUGAGGCAGACAUCUACAUUGGCAAGGUCUUCCAGCGAAACAAGUUCAGGACCUACCAGGCGGAGAAUAUCACAAAAGCCAUCCGACACGCUGCAGAGAUUUGGAAAGUAGAUAUCGUUUCGAUGUCGUUCGGCCUGCAGCCCCCAGUUCCGAGUGAGGAGGACGACCAGCAAGCAGAGCAAGCAGCCCUGGAACACUACAAUUCCCUGGUUGAAGGCAUCGAGGCCGCAGUCAAAGGAGCAUCAUCCACAGUCACCAUGUUUGCAGCAGCCUCCAACGGCGGCAAAAACGUCAGACGAGCAUUCCCAGCCACCUUAAGCCCCUGGGUAAUCGCCGUCCACGCCUCAGACGGAAUCGGUGGCGCCGGCGGCAUUAACCCACCCCUCCAGGCCGGCGACAACUUCAUGACCCUCGGCAUGGACGUGGAGAUGAUGCGGAGGGAAUGGAAUGACAGCGGCGGGAGGCUGCGGCCGAAGUACAAGUCUGUGAGAAGGAGCGGGACCUCGUUCGCGACGCCCAUCGCCGCCGGCCUCGCCGCCACAGCCAUGGACCUCUCACUUCGCGUGGACCUAGUCACGAGGCGUACGAGGGAGCAGCUGCGCCAACCCGUUGAGAUGGCCAAAAUGCUGCGGCUCAUGUCGACGGGUGGAGCGGCCGACUCUGGUGGGUACCGCUACGUGGCGCCGUGGCACCUGUGGAGGCCAGGCUGGCAGGCUGAUGACGAGAGAUCGCGGCAUAUAUGGGACACUAUCAACCUGGAAUUUCGGGCGCACCGGAAUUAGCACGUAAGGAGAGUAAUCUUUGCGAUAUAAGCGUUUCCCAUGCAGAUUUCAAGGAUUAGUGUAGCGAGUGCUGUGGCCUUUACGUUGAGCUUUAAAUCAAUAUAGUAUUUCUCUUCCUG